GAGAAGAAGGGGGAAGGGAUUGCAGAAGAACGCCGUCAACUUUCAAGUCCUGCGCGUAGACUCGUAAACGUUUCUUCAGCCGGCAGCGGUGGCGAGAUGACCUUCAACUGGCCGCCGCGUGCAGAUGAGACGCCGCAGAUUUAGCGGCGGCAAAAUAUUCCAACGGCAAGUGAGUGACUCGGGCAAACUCCACCGCGACGGUACAAGUCAAACGGACUUUUUCUUCUUGAGGCAUCUGCACUUUGCAAUUUUCUGUCCAAAUAAUAGUGCUUACGUUUGUUUGUUGUUUUGACCAUGUGACCUUCACCUUUGGGCUUGCAGAAAUGUGUUGUUUUUUUUUUUUUUUGGACAAUCGGCCAUUUUCCAGGUGUGGCUUUAUCAUGUUCAGGUUUAGCAACAGUGUGAAAAUUCAUGUCUUUCUUUCAGAGGACAACGAGCCGCAAUUGUUUGUGAAAUUUCAAGUCAGUGACUUAUCGUUUUUGAAGGAUUAUAAUGUUGGGCUUAAUAACAGUCGUCCCAUCAGAGGAAAGUUUGUCAGUUUUUUGGGGGUGGAAUUUUGUGAGCAAUCCCAAACCAACGGUAUUGUUGAAAUGUGGGAAAGGCCUGCGGCCGCGUGAAGGGAGCGUCGGUCUCGUUCGCCAUACGCGCGUCUCGCUGCAAGGCCGCUUCUAAAUCCCCAUUGAUCAGCUUAAGGCGCAGACAGCCGGCCGCGAUCUCGUUUGACCGAUCCCUGCGGUCGGAACGUCAACGUAGCCCGAACGGGCGCAAGGAGCCUUACAGAGUAUUAACAAUCUAAAAAGACCCAAAAGUCAGAAAAGUUGCCAUCGUGCCGAAAUAAGAUAACACAGAGAAGAAGACGAAAAUGACGACGAGGCCUAGUAGUUCAUAAAAAAAUCUUAUAUUAUUCAGUUUUGUCAAUGGUUCCAUCGUCUUUUUCGAAGCAUGUAGAGGAGAAAACGUGAAAUAGGCCCACACUGCUUGGUUUUAUUUCGGAGGUGACCGGAAGUGCUUCCCACCUUCGCCGGACUUUUAUUCUGCAAGUGAGCGGAAGUCAGCGGCGUCUUUUGUCUCGCUCGCCCGCUUUUUCUUUUCUGUGCACGAUUAAGCAGCUCAAGCAAAUCAAAAGCACAAAACACCUCCGACGUUUUGCGGCCCCGCUCGCUUUCCGAACCGAACCCCGGCCCCGGUUCACCUCCUCCCCGCAGCGAGAUGUUCCGAGCUCCCGGCGGCUGCACGCGAACAACGCCGCCGCCGAUACCGGUCCGGGGACACAGCGAUGCUUUUCAAACGGAGAGCCAGGAUGUUGCGAGCGCUGGCGUGCGGCCGGCUGGGGCCGCUUUGGAUGUGGAAGGCGCUGCUGCUCUUCGUGGCCGUCGCCUUCGCCGGACAACUGCUGGGAAUCAUCUUCAGCAAGAGCGGCGUCCGUCCGGCCGCCGGCUCCAUCUUCUCGUCCCCUGACGGCCGGGGUCCGUCUCUGGGCCCCUGCCGGCCGCGCACCCACAUCAUGUUCCUCAAGACGCACAAGACGGCCAGCAGCACGGUGCUCAACAUGCUGUACCGCUUCGGGGAGGAGCGCGGCCUCCGCUUCGCCCUGCCGCCGGGCUACCAGCUGGGCUACCCGCUGCCCUUCAGCGCCCACCGAGUCAAGGGCUACCGGGGCCCUCGAGCGGUGGAGUUCCACGUCAUGGGCAAUCACAUGAGAUUUCAGAAAGCCGAGGUGGAGAAGGUGAUGCCCGCGGACACCUUCUACUUCUCCAUCGUCAGGGACCCCGCGGCUCUGGCCGAGUCGUCCUUCGCGUAUUACAAAGAAGUGGCGCCCGCCUUCCGGAAAGCCAAAAGCUUGGGCGACUUUGCGGACGACCCCGGCAAGUACUACGACCCCCGCGCCCGCAACAACCACUACGCCCGCAACCUGCUGUGGUUCGACUUCGGCAUGGACCACAACGCCAACUUCUCGGCGGCUCUGGCGCGACGCGGCGAGGCCGCCGUGCGCCAGACCUUCAAGCUGGUGCUGGUGUCCGAGUUCUUCGACCAGUCCGUGAUCCUCCUGCGCCACGCCCUGUGUUGGCCUCUGGACGCCGUCGUGUCGUUCAGCCUCAACGCGCGGCAGCGGAAGCCGGACGGCGACGGCCGGGCGGGCGGGGUCCGAAGCGGGCGCCCGCCGGCCGGGGCGCCGCCCGAUCCGGUCCUCACGGACGGGCAGCGGGAAAAGCUGCGCCGGUGGAACGCCUUGGACUGGCACUUGUAUCGGGCCUUCAACCGGACCUUCUGGCGGGAAGCGGAGGCGUUCGGCGCGGCGCGGAUGGAGCGGGAAGUGGCGCUCCUGCGCAGCCGGCGCGAGGCCCUGGCCGCGGCCUGCCUGCGCAACAGCGGCGAGCCCGUGGAGGCCCACCGCAUCCGAGACAAAACCAUCAGGCCCUUCCAGAGCGGCCCGGCCAAGAUUCUGGGCUACGAGCUGCGGCCGGGGCUGGACAACGGCACCGCGGCGGCCUGCCUGAGGAUGAUCCGCCCCGAGAUCCAGUACAAAGACGCGCUGGACGCCAAGCAGUUCCCGCGGCCGCAGUCGCCGCGAGCCCCGCCGGGGCGGCGGAGCCCCGUGCCGGCCUCUGACGGGUCUUUUUUCAAACGAGACCCAUCGGGCACACGGGAGAAGGGACGGCGCCCCGGGGGCAGGACGGGGGAAGAGGGGCCGCUGGACCGGGACGGCGGGCGGUCGAUGAGCCGGAACCGCAACGAUUCCGCAGCGAGGACGAGGACGCGGGAAGCCGUUUGAGCGGAGCCCGCUCGGAUUCAAAACGCUUCCCUUCUACUUCCGCUUUGGGCCUUUCGCUUGCGGACGCGUCAAGCCGGAUGACGGCUGCCGCCGUACCAAAUGAAACGAGCGCGGUAAAAGAAACCUCAAACGGUGGGGGGGGGGGGGGGGGGUCCAAAAGUUACAACCAGAAAGUUGCAGUGAUGCGAGAAAAAAGAAGAAAAGUUACCAGUUAAGCUCACAUGAAUCAAGCCGGCCGGGAAAAGGUCGGAAGUUACACGAUCCAGUUGGGCGUUUUACAGCAAUAACGUCGUCCGGCUGCAGGAUGAAGUCAUCGUUUUACAUGAAUUACGUCGGAAAUGUGCAAGAUAAAAAAAAAAAAAAAUGCAAAAAACAUUACGAGAUCCAAUUUUUCAAGUGCAAUUGUAUUUUAUGCCAACAUAACCGCACAAUUACGAAGAAAAGACUCGUAACGUUACCAUCUUUAACUUUAUCCGCGUCGUGUUAAAGUUCAAAUCUUAGGUGAUUAUUUGAUUUGUUUCGCGACAAUGAAGUUGUCGUAUUCCGAGGACAAAAAAGCUAAAACGUUACAGGAAUAAGUUCGCUGUGUCACGAAAAAUGUCCGAAUUUUGCAAGAAUCGGAAUGUUACAGAAAUAAAGUUAAGAGAACUUUAUUUUAUUUUGAGAGCUUUAAGUCGGAGUAUUAUGAGUAAAAAGUCAUAAUGCUACAGGAAUUGAGGAAUUUCAUAACUUAGUGAGAAUAAAUUCAUAGUAUUCUAAGAAAACAUCGUGUUAAAGGGAAUAAAGUCGUAACGGCACGAGAAAAAGGUCAUCAUUUGUCAAGACGAAAGUCGCAAUGUGACGAGAAAAAGGUCGUAAUAUUGCGAGAAACUGAGAAAAAAAAAGCCCUUCAAUUGCAGGAAUAAAGUUGUAAAGUCUCGAGAAAUAAGUCAUCAUUUUCUAAAAGGCGAAAUGUUACAGAAGUCGUAAAUGUUCCCAAAAUAAAGUGUUUGAGCAAGAA